AUGAAAAAUGCAUGUCAGGUCACGACCUGUUGGCGCUUCCUUCGAAAGCAUUUCCAGGUCCGAUUCGACCAGCAAGGCCAGCAAGGCCGCGAAGCUCAUGAAGCAGUGACACCAGAUGAAACAAGCGAGAAAAAGAGAUUUUUGAGCCAGGAGGAGCCAUCGACUCCCUCUGUGAAGGUGAAGUAUCCCUUCCGAUGUGAGGAUCGUAACAAGAUCCCUGACGAGCUUCUGGAAGGUCCGUUUGAUGACUUCCAGAUCGCUGAAGAUGUUUAUGCCACUUUCUACUUGCUUGCGAGAAAUGCCACGCCGGAAAUGUACAGCAUAUCCCCUUUCCGAAAUCCAGACGUUCGCAUUGCAUGGCUUUAUUUGUUGUUCAUUGCUGGCUCGCAGAUCUUUGUCAUCACGGCCAUUACGGUUCUUUAUCCGCCUGCUGUUCAGCAGGACAUGGCCUUUGUCAACUGUCAGAAUGCAACCGCUGUGGCUGCGUUGCAUGCGCGAGGUUUUCUCAGCUCAUCCACCAGCGAAUCAUGCGAGGAGGGCGCGCAGUCUGCGUUCGAAGCAGAUGUUCGUGGUGAGACUGUACUCAUCUCUCAGGUCAGCCAUGCGACUGAGUUCUAUCAUGCUGUGUUGGCUUCUGGGAACUAUGUGGUGCUGAUUUUACGACUGGUGUGUUGCACAUGGGUGUUCUCUCAGGUUUAUCUGCAGGAGUUCAGCAGCGUGAGGGCACUGCUGCGAUACCAUGACUUCAGCCGAUGGUUUCUCCCUCUCAAGGGGGAGGUGGUACGAAAUUCAUGGGCAAUCUGUAUUCCAAUCAUACAGUACACAGUUUUAAUGUGUGUCACCACAGUUUCCUUUCUUGUCAUCUGCGCUUUUGACGAACCGUUUGAUAUCGUCAUGAACUCGCUUGCUUUCACCUUCAUUGCAGAGGUUGGCAGUUUCUUCAACGAGCCUUUGGUCAGCCGAAUGGCAGCCACAUCUGUUCAGGGCCUGCCCGCAGAAUAUGAUGAGAUCAAGUACCUGUACCCAGAGUAUCGUCUUUCGAACGCGAUUCGAGAGGACGGGACAUACACUGACCUGGGAUGGUAUAUUUGCGAUGACGAGGAGAAGGCCGGACUGCUUAGUGAUUAUCGGGUUCGGCACAAUGAGUCUGCCUACCCCCAGCCGCACCAGAGAACUGCAAAGGUUCUGGAGAUCUUGAUCUUCAUUGUUCCUCCCCUCUGCGUGUUCUUGGGAGCUUUGCACAGCCGCUGCAAGAGAACAGAGGGGUGCGGCUUAAUUGUUUUCAAGUCUGAGCUCUGA